ACUUUUCACUUGAUUGACGCGUGUUGUACUGGAACGUCCAAAAGGGAUGUUUAGAUUUAUCUAUGAUUAAAGUACCAAUUUCAAGUAUAAGUUACCAGAAGCGCAAUGUUUGAGCUUAAAACAAUUUUGCUGAUAGCCGUCGUGUACUUACUUCGUUGUGAAGCGAAGAGUGGCAACGUUCUUUUAAUUAUUGGUGAUGAUGAUGGGUUUGCAUCCCAAGUAUACAACAACACCGCUAUCAAGACUCCUCACUUCAACAAACUUUCUGAACGAAGUCUAACCAUCAAGCAUGCUUACACCAGCGUCAGCAGCUGCUCGCCAAGUCGGUCUGCCAUCUUAACUGGUCUGCCUCAGCAUCAGAAUGGCCAGUACGGCCUUCAUCACUCAUUUCACCAUUUCCAGUCCUUUGACAAAGUGCAGAGCCUACCACUUAUGCUCAAGAGUAGUGGAAUAAGAACAGGUAUCAUUGGAAAGAAGCACAUUGGACCAGACACAGUGUACAAGUUUGACCAUGAAUGGACAGAGGAGGAAUAUUCCUUGCUCCAAGUUGGCCGAAAUAUUACCAACAUGAAAAACCUUGUUCAUAAAUUCAUCACGAUGGAUAGUGGCCCUUUCUUCCUGUAUGUGGCUUUUAACGAUCCACAUCGCUGCACUGGUAGUAAGUAUGGCGAGUUCUGUGAGAAGUUCGGCAAUGGAAGUCCUGAGUUUGGAGUUAUUGAAGACUGGAAGCCAACUUACUAUUCCUUGGAUGAUGUAUAUGUACCACCAUAUCUUCCAGAUACACCAGCAACACGGGCAGAUAUCUCUGCACAAUACACAACACUCAGCAGAUUAGAUCAAGGUAUUGGGCUGCUUCUGAAAGAAUUGGAGCUUACAGGUCACCUGAACGAUACACUGGUCAUAUACUCAGCCGAUAAUGGGAUUCCAUUUCCAAAUGCGAAGACCAACCUCUAUGAACCAGGAAUGGGUGAGCCUAUGUUGAUCUCGAGCCCCUAUCACACAUCACGUUGGGGAGAAGUCAGCGACUCCUUCACCAGUACCACAGAUAUAGUUCCAACGAUCCUCAAUUGGUUUGGUGUCGACUUCCCCAAGUAUAAGAUCUUUAGCAGGAAUGUUCAACUUAGUGGGAAGUCUAUGCUGCCAUUGUUAAAUGCAGAGCCCAAAUCAGGUUGGAAUUCGGUCUACUCCAGCCAUGAUUUACAUGAAGUAACAAUGUACUACCCGAUGCGCGUCAUCCGAAAUCAGCAGUACCGUUUGAUACAUAACCUGAACAACGGCGCCCCCUAUCCAAUUGCUCUUGACAUUAUGGUCUCACCAACAUUCAAUGAUACAUUACAUAGAACAUCUGAAAACAAGACAACCAACUGGUUUAAGACGCUUCACCAGUAUUAUUAUCGUGACGAGUGGGAGCUCUUUGAUGUUAGUAAGGAUCCCCUGGAAGUUAAGAACUUGGCUAAGGACGUUAAUUAUCAGAAUAUUCUUAAUGAAAUGAAGAAAGAUCUUGCAAAAUGGCAAGAAGCGACUGACGAUCCGUGGAGAUGCGUUCCAGGCGGAGUGCUCUAUCAGGGUACUUGUCUGCCUCUAUACAACAAUCGAGAUUAGUUGUAUACAAAAUUUUGCUGGGCAUUAUUUUAUAAUUGAUAAAAAGACAGGGUUUAAUAUACAGUAGGCCUAUUAUUAUUAUAUUUAUUGAUAUAACGUCAUAAAAUUGAAUCUGUAAUGGUAGCAUGGGGUGGCGCCAACGGAUGGGCCAGUUGUGCCAUGGCUCAGCCAUCGGGGAAUCAUGGUAAAAUCUAUCAGGGAAAAAAUAAUUUAAAUAAUUUUCUAAGCUAGAAGCAGCUGGACUGAGAUGCCAUUUUUAGGCAUCUCUUAGAAGUGACGUAAAACCUUUAUGCUUUAACCUCAUUUCCAACCAUGGUGGAGCUGAGUUGGUUGUGACCCAUCUGAAAUGCUUACGCCCCCACUUAAAGCUAGAUACAGAUACCUAUAACAUGAUGGAAUACUUAAUACUAGUACUGUAUAUGUUUUAUAGGUACUAGGGAUUAGUAUAACACAGGUCUUUCAUUAUACUGUAUUGUAGAACUAUAUUUUACAUAUUUAUGAUUAUAUUCCAAGAUUAUAUUUUUUGUUACAUAUUAGUACAUCAUCUUUAUGCUAUUUUAUAUAUUUGGUAUCAGUAUUGUUUAACUAUGUAUUUUUUUUAUAGCAUUAAAUGCAUAUUCCAUAUGCUGUCCAAGCAUUACAAAUGUAUGAAACAAAGUAUUAUUAGUUGUAUGUUUCUACAUUAUCAGAACCAAAAAUCAUGCAAAUUUUCUUAUUGAAUGAAGCACUUUAGGCUGUCAGGUCUGUGGCAGUGUGCAGAAUCACACACUAUUGCAUCUGCCAGCAUACUUGUAAGGCACUUUCUCAGAAAGAAUAUAAGUACUGCACUGGUUUCCAUAAAAUUGCUCAUGCUAACGUUAAUACAUUUAAAGAAUUGAACCACGGACAGUGGGAUUGGAGGCAAGGCACAGCUCCAUUAAACCGUCCACACAUUGGUCACUAACUGAAAAAAGAGGCUCCUGGGCAUGAGCAUCGGGUCAAAAUUACUCUAAACAUUGUCCAUUAUCUGACCAUAUUAGGCAUUGGUCAUCUGUCGAUGACCACAGCAUUAACUGAAAUGAACCUUGACACAUUCCAUCCACAGCAUAGAAUAUAUCUGCGUAAACCCAGUAUACUAAAAAAAACACACAUUUGCAAUGGUGACAUUCUUCCAAUUGUUCAACGACUUUAAUUACUUGAAUUAAUUUAAUCUACAUAUUGAUACAAAUUAUUACAAUUCCAUAAAAUUUAAGAGGUUAUUACAAUAUUAAAAAUACUUAAAUUCUUAAUGAAAAAUAAUCUAUUUGUGUAACAUUUAGGCAGGAAAAAAUGUGGAAUAUAAACCAAAAAUGAUAUGGUCAUGUUAUAGAUAAAUCACUAAAUUAUAUAUAAUUACUACAGUAGUUUCAAUUUUAUAGAAUGAACUUUUGUACAAACAAUGGUAGAAAAUAUAAGUUCUGUCCAUGAUUAAAACCUCUUGAUGUCUGCCUGCCAAAUGGUUCGGUAAAAUUAUAGAAGCAUCCCAUA